AGUUUUUCUUAACAGCAACCAAUUACAAAUGUUAUAGCAAUCAUUAGCAAACAAGAUGUUUACGUCUUUUAAAUUAAUUUUAUUAUAUUAUUUUUGUUUACUCGUAAUUGGACUGAGCAAAGGAUGUGAUCCAGAUGAGUUUCAAUGCGUGGCGAGUGGAAUUUGCAUUCCCUCAUCUUGGCAAUGUGAUGGAGUAACCGAUUGUCAGGGCGAAGGAGUUCCAGGAUCAGAUGAAAUCGGCUGUGAAACUGAGCCAUGUGAUGACGAUGAAUUUCAGUGCGACGAUGGAAGUUGUAUUCCUAUAGAAUUUAAAUGUGACAGUCAGAAUGAUUGCACGAACGGUGAAGAUGAACAGUCGUGUCCUGGAAGAACUUGUUCACCUACACAAUACACAUGCAGUAAUAACUUCUGUAUUCCGUCUAAUUUUUCGUGUGAUCAUGUCCAAGACUGUCCAAACGGAGAAGACGAACAAGGAUGCAAUUAUCCAACUUGUGACGACAAAACCUGUGACAAUGGGGCAUGUUAUACAACAGAACAAGAUUGUAACGGCAUUCCUGAUUGCAGAGACGAAAGCGAUGAAUACAAUUGCACGAUACCUCUCUGUAGGAACGGAGAUUUUCAAUGUGCAAAUGGCCUGUGCAUUCCAAUUCAAACAUAUUGUGACCGAAUAAACGAUUGUGGUGACGGAAGCGACGAGCCAGAUACCUGCGAUUAUCCUCCAUGCAGAGGAGAUCAAUUCGAAUGUGAUAAUCACAUAUGUACAAACCAACUGUUUGUGUGCGAUGGAACAGAUAAUUGCGGAGACGGUUCAGAUGAGAAAGAUUGCCAUUACAAUAUAACGUGUGAUCCAAAUCAAUGGAAAUGUCCGAGUACAGGGGAAUGUAUUGAGGCUACGAAAGUUUGCGAUGGCAAUCCUGAUUGUCCAAAUGAAGACGAUGAGGCCACAGACGAAAAUCCAUGCAGUUCAUCAUUGUGUGGUGCAUUGAGUUGUGACCAUGAAUGCCAGCCAUCUCCCACUGGAGGAUUUUGUUAUUGUCCAUUUGGAUAUCAAGUUGAUGUUGAUGGAUCAAGCUGUAUUGAUGUAAACGAGUGUUUAUUGUUUGGAUAUUGCGAGCAAUCUUGUUUCAAUCUCGUUGGAACUUACAAAUGUACUUGUGUUGAUGGAUAUCAACUUGAAAAUGGAUUUUCAAAACAUUGUAAAGCCCUGCCAGCAGAUGGAGCACCCAAGAUUCUCUACUCGGUACGGGAACAAAUUAUGGCUUACAAUCCCGAAUCUAUAAAUGACGAAGAGGAAAUUAUCGUUUCUAAUCCCUCAUAUGCAGUUGGAAUUGAUUACCAUUACGAAAAGGGGAAGCUAUUUUGGGCAGAUCAAGCAGAAAAUAAAAUUCGCUCUGCUAACAUGGAUGGUACCAAUGUUCGUGACGUCAUCAACACAGGAAUAAAAGAUCCGGAACAAAUAGCGGUGGAUUGGAUCGCCAACAACAUUUAUAUCGUCGAAACAUCGGUAGAAAGAAUUGAAGUCUGUGAUUUUGAAGGAAAACAUAGAACUGGUGUAAUUACAACCGGACUUAAAAGUCCUCGGGGAUUGGCACUGGAUCCAACUGUUGGAUACAUGUUUUUCUCCGACUGGGAUUAUGCAAACCCUCGACUUGAGAGAGCACAUAUGGACGGAAGAUCUCGUGUAACGUUAGUGGACAAACAAAUACAAUGGGCAAACGGAAUCACAGUUGAUUUUAUUUUGCAAAGAGUGUACUGGGUUGAUGGACAUUUCGAUUUUAUAGAUACAAUAGAUUACUACGGCAAAGACAGACGCACUAUAGUAUCAGGACAUAACAGUCCCCAUCCAUUCGAUGUGACAAUUUUUGAACGAUUUUUAUAUUACACUGACUGGACAAAAAUGGGCGUCGUAAAAGCUGAUAAAUUUACUGGAGAAGAGGUCGAAGUUGUUAGAGAUGCAACAGUUAGACCUUUUGGGAUAAUUGCAUAUCACCCAGUGCGACAACCUAAAGUCCCUAAUCCAUGUGCAAAUAACAAUGGAGGCUGCGACCAUCUUUGUGUUUUAACUCAUAACACUGAUAGUCUCGGAUAUCGAUGCUUAUGUGAUUUUGGAUACGGCUUCGCAUCUUCUUCGGGACCGGUCACCCAAAAAUGCAACAAAAUCGAUUCAUUUAUUGCAAUGGCGGCAUAUUCAUCCGUCCGAGGAAUUGCUGGAAAUUUCCAAUCUGAUGAAGCUAUGGUUCCAAUCGCAAUCGAACCGAAUGAAGCAUUUCUCUCUGUUACCACCGACGCACAAGAAGGAUAUGUUUAUUAUACUGAAGCAUACAGAUUCCUCGUUUACAGAAAGCUUAUAAACAAUACAGGACCACCCGAGGAACUUUUAAAUAACAACCUUGGAACAGUGCGAUCACUUGCAUAUGAUUGGACUGCAAAGAAUCUUUAUAUGCUCGAUGUCUCAUAUAACUACAUUAGAGUGUUCAGCGUGAGAGACAAAACUUCUCGACAGAAUAUUGUCACAACCGGACUUUCUCGACCAACCAGUAUCGCGAUAUCUCCUAACUAUGGCUAUCUUUUCUGGGCGGAUGUAAAUCGCCCUGCAAAAAUUAUGCGAGCUUGGAUGGAUGGCACAAACGCUGAAACUCUGGUUGAUACAUUGCUUGGUAACGUGGUUGCCAUUUGUGCUGACUAUAGAUAUUUCCGUCUCUACUGGAUAGAUAGCGAGUUGGAAAGAAUCGAGUCCAUAUCUUUCAGCGGUUAUAGUAGACGCCAAGUUCCGACAAGCACUCCAAUGUUCUCCCCCAUGUCGAUUGCAGUCAUGGGAUAUUAUUAUGUAUACUGGUCAGAUUCAAGGACACGUGCAUUAUACCAAUCACAUAAAACAACUGCAGGAGAUGCUUAUAAACUCCUUGAUAACGUGGACUCUAUUUUUGCGCUUUCAACAUAUGACAAAAAGACACAGGACCAAUACAGCAAUAAUCAAUGUUCAAGAGAUAAUCUUCCAAACGGAGGAUGUGAGAAGUUUUGCUUUCCUGCACCUUCAGCUUCAAGAACAUGUGGAUGUCCACUCGGAUUCAAAAUUAUGAGCGAUGGGAAGAGUUGUGAGGAAGAUCCAGAUCAACCGCCACCGGCUCAAUGUCCAUCACCUUAUCAGUUUCCCUGUGAUAAUGGUCGUUGUAUAUCAAAACAAUAUAUUUGUGAUGGUUUGGAUACUUGUGGGGAUGGCACAGACGAAAAAGACUGUGGGGAAGGGAUUACCUGCGGACCUUAUGCGUUCACUUGUGCAAACAAAAAAUGUGUUUUCAUGGCUUACAAAUGUGACGGAGAUGAUGAUUGUCAAGAUGGGAGCGAUGAAGUGGAUUGCCCAACACAAGGGCCUUGCACAGAUGACAAGUUUCAAUGUGACAAUGGAAAUUGCAUUCCAACUAAUUGGAUUUGUGAUACGCAGAAUGAUUGUGGAGAUGGAAGUGAUGAAGUUGACUGUCACGAUGCAACAUGCGGUCCCAGUCAAUACACAUGUCCUGGACAUAGAUGUAUUUCAAUAACCUUUUUAUGUAAUGGAAACCAGGAUUGCAGCGAUGGUUCAGACGAAGAGGAUUGUCCACCGAUUGAUUGUCCUAGUAACAAUUUUCAGUGUAAGGAUGGUAAACAAUGUCUUUCACAAUAUUUUCGAUGUGAUGGACUUGAAGAUUGUGAUGAUGGAUCAGAUGAACAGGAUUGUCCAACGGCUUUGCCUGGACAAUGCCUCCAUACUGAAGAAUUCCAAUGCCAAACAAGUGGCGAUUGUAUACCUAUUAAUUGGUAUUGUGAUGGUCGACCAGAUUGCCACGACGAAUCGGAUGAACCACCUUCAUGCCCCCCAAGAACUUGUACACCAGGCGAAUUUGAAUGUGAUUUCAAAAGAUGUAUUCCUUCGAGAUGGAUUUGUGAUGGAUAUGAUGACUGCGCUGAUACAACCGACGAGCAAGGAUGUCCUACACCUCCCCCAACACUCCCCCCACCGCCAUGUCAAGAUCACGAAUGGGAGUGUCCUGGAACAACAACAUGUAUCAAUGUGAACCAAUUAUGCGAUGGAUCAAACAACUGUCCUGGAGCAACCGACGAAGGAGAAUUUUGUCAAUUUGAUCUCUGUCAAUCUUACGGUUGCACCCAAGAAUGCAUCAACUUUCCAACUGGUCCUGCCUGCAUCUGCUCUGGCCCAGGAUACCAACUGUUAAAUGACAGCAAGACUUGCGUUGAUAUUGACGAAUGUGCUAACUACGGCUGCAGUCAAGAUUGCGAAAACACAAUAGGAUCAUUUAUAUGUAAAUGUGCUCCAGGAUAUGCUCUGGACACUGAUGGACACACAUGCAAAGUAGCGAGUGACGACAGGGUCAUCAUAUUUGCUUCUGGAACCCGACUUUACAAAUAUAAUAUAGAUACGAGAUACUUCAAUAUUAUAACAUACGCAAACAACUUUCUUGGAAUUGAUUACGAUUGGGAUACGCAGAAAAUAUUUUAUUCUGACUCCAGAAUCGGUUGGAUGCAAUCUGUUUUCUUCAAUGGAACCAAUAAACAAACUCUUUUUAGCAGUGGUCAAGAAUUAGCGGAGAAUAUCGCGAUAGACUGGGUGGGUCGACACAUUUACUGGUGCGACUCUGGGUUGAAUUCAAUAGAAGUUGCAAAACUUAACGGAUCUCAUAGAACUGUCCUUAUUUCUGAAGAUUUGGAUCAACCAAGGGGUCUUGUUCUUGACCCAAGAGACUAUAUACACUUGAUGUUUUGGACUGAUUGGGGUCAAAAACCAAGAAUAGAAUCUGCAACAAUGGACGGUAAACUGAGGAAAGUUAUUGUUAGUGACAGACUUUACUGGCCAAACGGAUUGACUAUUGACUACCCAACUUUUACACUUUAUUUCGCUGAUGCUAAGCUUGAUUUCAUCGAUGCAUGUGAUUAUUACGGACAAAAUAGACGUCAGAUUAUUGGAAGCUCUUUUACGCUUCUUCACCCCCACGCCAUAACGGUAUUCGAAGAUUAUGUUUACUGGACCGAUCGACAAGCCGGCACAAUCUCCAGAUGUAAUAAAUUCGAUGCCGAACGCGGAGAAGAAAAUCUCUUGUUAGGAGUGAGUCAACCCACCGAUAUUCAUUCAUUCCAUCCCGUACGACAGCCAAGAGGGAAUAAUCCAUGCGAUGAUUGGGGAAAUGAAUGCUCUCAUCUUUGUUUACUCAGUCAGAAGAGACCCCAUUAUUACUCAUGUGCUUGUCCGGUGGGAUAUAAGCUGUCUACAGUAGAUCUACAUACAUGUGAAAAAUAUGAAGAAGAAUUUGUUAUCAUCGCAACUCCUGGCAGAAUCAGUGGAAUUUCAUCAGACCCAGAAGAUCAUAACACUAACUUCAUGAUACCUGUGAUUAAUAUACAAAAUGGAAUGGAUGUGGAUUUUGAUACGAAGACUGAAUACGUCUAUUGGGUUGAAAGUUCUAACCAAAUUCACCGAAUUAAACUCGAUGGAAGCGGAAGAGAAAUAUUCGACCGUGGUUCUGUUUUAGGAAAUCCUAGUGCACUUGCCAUUGACUGGAUGACGAGAAAUUUGUAUUACACCAAUCCUAUUGGAAAGUCAAUUGAAGUGAUUCGCAUGGACAAAGGCGACGAAGGACAAGUGUAUAGGACUACCAUUGUCAGUCAUAUUGGCAACGAAACCGGAGUAGCCAAUCCUAAAGGAAUCGCAGUGGAUCCUAGAAAUGGAAUACUGUUUUGGACUGAUCAAGGAGGAACUGGAGUACCACCUAAAAUUUCAAGAUGUGCCAUGGAUGGAAGCGAUAUAGCAAAUAUUAUCACUACAAGACUUGAUCUUGUCCAGCAUAUAUCAGUUGAUAGCCACACACAAUAUAUUUAUUGGGCCGAGCAACGUUACGGCGUAAUCGGCAGAGCAUUGAUAGACGGGACUGACAGAUCAGAUCUUAUUGAAAGCUUGAUUCAACCGAUGGGAGUUUCAAUAUUUGGCGACUAUAUUUAUUACAGCGAUCUUACUCUUGAAGUGGUCGAACGUGCUAAGCUAAAUGAUCCUUCCAAUUAUGAAAUAUUACAAGAUCAUAUAUCGCAAAUUACUGCUGUAAAAAUGUACGGGAGAUUGCCUAGUGGUACAAUUGCUUGCAGCGCUAACAAUGGUGGAUGUGAACAAAUCUGUCUUCCUGCUCAUAAUCUUCGUCGAUGCGCUUGCAAUACAGGAAUGAAGCUCAAUGAAGAUGAAAAAACUUGUUCUGCGUACUCAGAAUUUGCUGUUGUUUCACAAGAAUCAGUUGUGAGAGGAUUUGACCUGGGUGGAUCUCAUGCUGAUGCUCUUCCUCCUAUUUCCACUCCAUAUAUGGAUGCAACAAGUGUAAACGUAGCAAUUGCAAAGCAAAGUAUUAUGUAUGCGACCAACUACCCUGGUGGAAGUAACAACGGCGGAACAGGAUAUUUAAACACCGGUAUAUAUGCAAGCAAAAUUGAUGGAAGUAGGUUCCAUACAGCUGUUAUGGGCGGAGUUGGAAACAUCGGAAUCACUGGUUUUGCUUUAGAUUGGUUAACAAAUUAUAUCUACUUUACAAAUGCAUUUUCGUCCGAAACAUUUGUUGAAGUGGCAAUUUGGGUAGAAGGAUCAUAUUCUCGAGAACGAUUAGUUCUUCUGAAAACGCAGGAUGACUUACCAAGAGCAAUUGCAGUUAAUCCAAUUAAAAAAUAUUUAUACUGGGCUGACAGUGGUCAAAAUCCGAAAAUAGAAAGAGCAUUUUUGGAUGCUUCAAACAGAACAACAAUGACUAGUGCUGGAGUUGUGUUUCCACGAGGAAUAACAAUCGAUUAUCAGACUCAUCAAGUUUACUGGGUAGACGACCACACGUCGACUAUUGAACGGAUGGAAUGGGAUGGUACAAACGUUGUCAUCAUAAGAUCAGGAAGGAACAUACCAAGCCCGUUUGGAAUUGGUCUUUAUAAAGAUAAAAUGUAUUGGGUUGAUAGAAGCUAUAAAAAGAUUUUCAUGGCAAGCAGGGAUCCAGCAAAUCAAGACGAUGCUGUUGUCGUGAGAGACCAUCUUGAAAGUCUGCAGGGUAUUGCUAUUUAUACUGAUGACGCUCAGCCGAAUGACACUUCAAACCCAUGUAUAGUAAACAAAGGAGGAUGUGAGCAACUGUGCUUUGGAACACCAGAUAAUAACAAGAAAUGUGCUUGCCAUACAGGAGAGUUAUCGACUGAUGGUACAUCUUGCCAAGAAAGUUCACAAUUUAUUAUUUACGGAGCGAGAGACAAUAUUUAUUCAUUCGGCGAAGAUCCAGAGGACCACACUGCACCUUUCCAACCAGUGGCGCAGAAAAGCGCUCCAGUGUCGUUGACCUACGAUACAAAUGACAAACGAGUUUACGUUGGUUCAGGCGGAAAAAUUAGCUACUUCGAAUGGAACAGUCAAUUUCCGUCAAUGAAAGACAUUCUAACAACUGAAAUAAGAGCAGUAGAAGGUCUCGAUUACGAUUGGGUUCACAAACGAAUUUAUUUCACUGAUUAUCUGAACCAGUAUAUUGGUCUUACUCAUCUCGAUGGUUCGAAUACUUCCAUCUUGAUUCGAGGAGUGGAAAGACCGAGAGGAAUAGCUCUCGAUCCAUGCAGAAAAUAUAUGUAUUGGACUGACUGGGGUAACAGUCCAAAAAUUGAAAGGGCUACAUUAGCAGGAAACGUAAGGACUACUUUGGUAAAUACUAAUUUAAGAUGGCCAAACGGACUCUCACUUGAUCUUGAUGAAGAUAAAUUGUACUGGACUGACGCGAAUCCAAACAACGAAAAGAUAGAAAGAUGCAACUUAGAUGGAUCUCUCAGAGAAACUAUUCUUUCCAGUUUCAAUCAUCCGUUUGAUGUCACUGUACUGAAUCAAUACGUAUAUUGGACUGACUGGCAAACAUAUAAAGUUUUCAGAGCUAACAAAAAUACUGGCGGACAAGUGAGUGAAAUGGCUUCAGGAAAUCAACAACCACUCGGAAUAGUUGCGUAUAAUGCUGGACGUCAGGUUGAAUGCACCGGAAUUAAUCCAUGCGACAGAUUCAAUGGAGGAUGCAGCCAUAUAUGUGUAGCAGGACCUGAUGGUGAACCGGAAUGUUCAUGUCCGACAGGAUAUUAUUUGACAAAUCGUGGAAAGGAUUGCAUUUUGGAUCGGGAAGGCGUUGAAAGAUGUGAUGAAGACGAAUAUACUUGUUCUAAUGGAUGGUGCACAAGUUAUGAAUAUGUUUGUAAUACUUAUAAUAACUGUCCAGACGGUGCCGAUGAAUCUGACAGGACUUGCGCUGAUCAUGUUUGCCCAGCAAAUUAUUUUACUUGUCCAAAUAAAAGAUGUAUCAGAUUGUAUAAUGUUUGUGAUUAUGAUGAUGAUUGUGGAGAUGGGGCAGAUGAAGAAGGGUGUGCACAUCCAACUUGUAGGCCAGGUGAAUUUACUUGCAAAUAUGGAAGAUGUUUACCUCAAUCACAAGUAUGCAACACAUACGACAACUGCAGAGAUGGGGAAGCAUCUGAUGAACUUGAUUGCCCCAAUCCUCAACCAUGCAGGCCUAAUUAUGUAAAAUGUGAAAACUCUAACGUCUGUCUGUGGUAUUAUUAUGUUUGCGACGGUGAUGAUGAUUGUGGUGAUAACAGCGAUGAAUCACCCACUCAUUGUGCUGCCAAAACAUGCCCCACCGGUAACUUUUUAUGCGAUAACAAACUCCGAUGCAUUCCUUCAUAUUGGCUUUGUGAUGGAGAUCAAGAUUGUAGUGAUAAUUCUGAUGAACCGGAUACUUGUGAGACUGGCGAAUUUACCUGUCCAACAGACACGUUCCGAUGUGACAAUGGAAGAUGCAUUAAUAUUAAUUGGGUUUGCAACGGUUAUGACAAUUGCAAUGAUGGAUCAGAUGAAGACGAAAGACACGGAUGUUAUCAAUCAACAUGUGAACCUGGUGAAUUUAAAUGCGAUAGUAAUCCUUUGGGAUAUUCAAGAUGUAUUCCGAGUUACUAUGUUUGUGAUGGUGAUCCAGAUUGUUCUGAUGGAGCGGAUGAAUUUCAAGAUGGAUGCGAAAGAAAAAAUUGUUCGAGUUAUCAAUAUCAAUGCGCUAAUGGAUUGUGUAUUUCUUCUUAUUAUGAAUGCGACCAUGACAAUGACUGUGUCGAUGGAAGUGACGAAGGUACUCACUGUGAAUAUAAACCGUGCAGUUCAUCAUAUCAAUUUACUUGUGAAAAUGGGAAAUGUAUUUAUAACUGGUAUCGAUGUGAUGGUGAUAAUGACUGUGGAGACAACAGCGAUGAGGAAGACUGUGAGGAACCUGAAGUCACGUGUCCUCCCGGGGAUUUUAUGUGUAACGAUGGAACCUGCAUAGACAUUCAUCUUAUUUGUGAUUCAAGAGAUGAUUGUCCAGAUAGGAGUGAUGAAGAAAAAUGUAACAUAAACGAAUGUGACAACAUUUCAUCAAAUCAAUGUGGUCAACAUUGCGUUAACACUCCAACUAGUUAUUAUUGCACAUGCGAUGAUGGAUAUCGUCUUCUUGAUGAUGGUAAAGCAUGUGAAGACAUAAACGAAUGCAGUGAAACACCAUGGGUUUGCUCGCAGUUGUGUGAAAACAUGGAAGGAUCAUAUUUCUGUAAAUGUGCUAAUGGUUACUUACGUGAACCAGACGGAAAAACAUGCAAACAGAAUUCUGGAAUCAAUCCAUAUCUUUUGUUCAGUAAUAGAUACUACAUAAGAAACCUUACUACUGAUGGAAGAUAUUACUCAAUAGUCGAACAAGGGUUUGAUACAAUUGUUGCUUUGGACUACCAUUACAAGGAAGAAAGAAUUUUCUGGACCGAUGUUACAAGAGGAAGAAUAGAAAGCAUGAAGUUUGAUGGCACUGAUCGAAAAAUCCUGCACAAUAGAGAGAUACCGAAUGGAGAAGGGUUAGCUGUAGAAUGGGUAACAAAGAAAUUGUAUUGGGUCGAUGCAAACUUAGAUAAAAUGUUUGUAUCGGAACUCAAUGGAACAAAUCUUUACACUUUAUUGGAAGGAUGCAUUGACUCUAACAAUACUUUCUGUUUUGACCAACCACGAGCGGUCGCUGUUACCCCAAAACAUGGAUAUGUUUAUUGGAGUGAUUGGGGAUAUCCAGCUUACAUCGCAAGAGCAGGCUUGAACGGGCAUAAUCCAGAACUGAUCAUUACAGAAAAAAUCAGCUGGCCCAAUGCACUUUGUAUUGAUUACGUCACAGAAAGACUGUACUUUGGAGAUGCUCACUUGGAUUAUAUUGAAUAUUCCAACCUUACAGGAGGAGAAAGAUUCAGAGUUAAUUUGGAGCCACAUACACCACCACACGCAUUUUCGAUCACUGUUUUUGAUGGUUAUAUGUAUUGGACUGAUUGGAACACAUUGUCACUCUAUAAGGCAAAUGCAUUGGAUGGAAGCGAUUACGGGGUUAUGGUGAACGCAACACACAGAGCAUACGACGUCCAUGUAGUUCAUCCAUACAUGCAAGAUCACACUAUACCGAACCCAUGCAGUAUCGACAACGGUGGAUGCACUCACCUAUGCUUACUCCACCCUGGUGGAGGAUACAGUUGCUUGUGUCCAGAUCACUUCGUUCCGAUAUUUGUUGGAUUCAAUGUUCGAUGUGUCGCUAUGUGCACUUCUGCUCAAUUCCGAUGUGAAGAGAAUGAAAAAUGCAUUCCAUUUUAUUGGAAGUGUGACGGCGUAGAAGAUUGUCCUGAUGGAAGUGAUGAACCGGAUGUUUGCCCACCACGAGUGUGUGAUGUUGGUCAAUUUCAAUGCGACAACUACAAAUGUAUUCCCCCAAAUUAUUUCUGUGAUCAUGACGACGACUGUGGUGACGGAAGCGACGAAGAAAAUUGCGAUGAAUAUUCUUGCCUGCCAAGUCAAUACAAAUGCGACAAUGAUAAGUGUAUCAGUAAUUCGCUAUUGUGUGACGGCACAGAUAAUUGUGGAGAUGGUAGCGACGAGGAGUCUGGUUAUUGCGCAACUCACACCUGCUCCCCCGGAGAUUUCAAAUGUGACAACGGACAUUGUAUUCCAAAAUCAUGGGUUUGUGACGUCGAUGAUGAUUGUGGUGACAACAGCGAUGAACCUUAUGCAUAUUGCAGUGGACCAGAUCACAGAUGUGAUGAACAUAGUGAAUUUGCAUGCACAACAAACUACAGGUGUAUUCCAACCUGGGCACGAUGUAACGGAUUCGAUGAUUGUCGGGACAAUUCAGAUGAACAAAAUUGCCCUGAGAUUACAUGCCAUCCAGACGAUUUCCGUUGUACAAAUCAUAAAUGCAUUCCUGGAAGAUGGCAAUGUGAUAAUUACAACGAUUGUGGUGAUAACUCGGACGAACAAGGAUGUGCACCAAGAGCAUGCUCAGAAAGUGAAUUCAAAUGUGACAAUCAAAAAUGUAUUCCUGGAUCGUGGUUCUGCAAUCAAGAAGAUAAUUGCGGAGAUAAUUCUGAUGAAAGAGGCUGCGCAUCGCACACUUGUCAGCCAGGAUAUUUUGAAUGCACCUCCGGACAUUGCAUAUCCGAAGUCCUUCUGUGUAAUGGAGUGCGAGAUUGUCUAGAUGCGAGCGAUGAAGCACCUUGCGAACCUAAGUUUCCCGGCGGAAAAUACUGUCCAGUAGAUGUCAAAUUUGAAUGUAACAAUCAUGUUUGCAUUAACCCCAAUUUCCGUUGUGAUGGGGAUAACGAUUGUGGAGAUGGUUCAGAUGAAACACCCGCAGUUUGCCUCACUAUCCCAUGUACAACACCAUUUUACCGGUGCAACCAAACAUUCAUUUGUAUCUCCGGACAAGAAGUUUGCAACGGUGUCGAUGACUGUGGUGAUGGCACAGAUGAAGAUAUCGGAUUGUGUUCUCCUCCUACACCUGGAUAUAAUUGCUCAUUUGAAUCGUACAAAUGUAUAAAUGGCAAUUGUAUUCCCAAAUUAAAACAAUGCGAUGAUGUCAACGAUUGUGGAGAUUUAUCAGAUGAGAUUGGAUGCCACAAAGGAGAAAAUGAUUUGACGUGUGAUAACAAACCAUGCGAACAAAUUUGCAGCGAUAUUCCAGGGAACGAAAACAUGACAGGAUUCUACAUAUGCUCGUGCAACAGUGGCUUUGACAUUAACCCUGAUGACACACAUUUCUGUAAAGACAUCAAUGAAUGUUUACAGUGGGAUAUUUGUCAACAAAGUUGUAAAAAUUUGAAAGGAUCUCAUUCAUGCGGUUGCUCUGAUGGUUACGAGCAAGUUGAACAGGCGUGUAGAAGCAAAGGAACCAUACCUAUUAUGUUAGCACCUGAUGAAACAACGGUACGAACGUAUGAUCAAACAAAUGAUUAUCAAGGAUUACUUGUAGACGGGCAAUCGCGUAGUCAAGCUAUUGAUUACAUUUAUAUUGAUGAUUAUACAAGCAUUGUAUACUGGACAGACACUCUUACUGGCGGAGAUGAUACCAGAGCCAUCACCCCAGCAACUUCUCAGAUAUACCGCAGCAAGAUGCCGGUAAUUGAUGCAAUGACGAACAAUAUGGGAUACCCACAAUCUUUGAAUAUCUCAGGACUGAAAGAACCAAGUGGAAUAGCAGCGGAUUGGGUUUCAAAAAAUAUAUAUUGGACUGACACUGAGCAAGGUACCAUAUCAGUCGCACUGCUAGAUGGAAGAUAUAAAAAGACGUUGUUGACAAGACUCGACCGCCCGUUCGCGAUAGCACUUCAUCCAGAACAUGGGGAGAUGUAUUGGACAACAGUGGGCACAAAAACAGCACUUUAUAUGGCUCAUAUGGAUGGAACAAAUAUUCGUUCUCAUGAUGAUUUAGUUUUAGAUUAUCCCACUGGUAUCGCUAUCGACUACCAAAAUAAUGGAAGGUUAUACAUAUCUGAUGAAAAAGCCAACACAAUUGUGUCAGUGUCAAGGUACGGCCGAGACGUACAGUAUGUAAUUAGAGGAGAUAUAGGAAGUCCAAUAUCUGUUGAUGUUUUUGAAACCAAUGUCUAUUGGACAUCGGAAGUUGAUAGCGCCAUCUACCAGCAAAAUAAAUUUGGGAAAGGAAUAAAAUCGACUGCAUUGGAUGGCAUAAGGAGACCAUCUGGAGUUAAAAUAUUGCAAAGAUAUAAAUACGAUUCCACAAUAAAGCCUCGUUGUAAAGAAAACCACUGCAGUCAUUUGUGUCUGUUGGGACCUUUAAACUCUUACUCAUGCGCAUGUCCUGAUGGUUCGUCAUUUAUACCGGGAAGUGCAAGCGAUUGUGACGCUGGAAAACAAGACGAAAAGCAACCACCUGAAGUAUGUGCUUGUCGAAACGGUGCUACAUGUGUAUACUCGACAGAUGGAAAACCAAACUGUGUUUGCGCCGAGGGAUUUAGCGGAGAUACAUGCGAGAAGGGAUCUGCGAAGCCUGUCAUUAGUGGAUCAAAUAUUGCUGCAAUUGUUGUUCCUAUUUUACUACUUAUUGUGCUCUCACUUGGAGCUGCGAUAUAUUACAACAAGAGAAAGAACAAAGAGAUAAACCUUGGCGACGCAAGCUCAUGUUCAUGUCUAAGUGGGUUAUCUUCAAGCAUGUGUUCUUGCUUUGGUGAUGAUUCUAAGGACACGUCAUUCGAUAAUCCCAACUCUGUUCGAUACGAGAGAGACAACGAUGACGUCAUUAGCGGUCCCGGCACUGCAGCAGAAGCACCAUAUUCCGUAGCAACAGAAAUGGAUGCAAGUGGAAGAUCAUUUGAAAAUCCAACAUUUGGAAAGGAACCACCGGCUGGAAUCCCAAAAACAGCAGAAGAAACUGGUGCAGUUCCCGAGCUUUCUGCAAUGAGAGCUGGUUACAAAAACCCCAGCUACAAAGACAACGCGGUCCUGUUAGAUCACGAAUUUCAUGACACUUCAAAAGCUUGAUCUCGGAUUAUUAUUACUUGAUUAUCAUCUGUCAAACGUGGCUAAUCUUUAAAUUUACAAGUAAAUGUCUGCCCAUGUUUAACAAUAUCGUCACUCGUGAUUUUUGUACAUUUAUUUUACCAGUAUUAUAUUGCCUUUUAAUUGCUUCAUGUGCCUUCAUUGUUAUUUAUCAUGUUAUUAAUUAAUAUCGAUUUGGUAGAAAAAACGAAAGAUUUCACGGUAAACUGAUAUUUAAAACUCCUUUCAUGCUUUUUUAAAUAUCACCAAGCCUACUGGAAUUGUUAAACUUAACCUUAACUUCAGAUUUAUUCUAUUAUUAAUGACCUCAAAUUAAAAUUUGGAAAUUAAAAUUCAAUAUUCGAUUCAUAAUCUCCGAUAUCUUAUGUCCUGGGUUUUUAAAUCCACAUUGUGAUUUAUAUUUCAUAUAAUUCUAAUAUGCUUCUUACUUUAAUCUGACAACUUUAUCAUCCUUUUUAUCAUAUUAUAUAAAUCUUAAUAAAUCCAUGAAAAGUGUGUUGUAAUAGGUGGGAA